GGGGUUCAGCGGGAGGAAGCAAAAGCAGGUACGAGGCGCUUGCAGAGUCUGGAGCUGAUUGAAGGUUCAAAAAAAGCAAGACUUCCACCCAUGGACCCACCACCGCCAAGCCGGGACUCCCCCACCCAGCCAGGGGCCCCCUCUCCGCUGGCACCCUACCGCUGGCACACAGGAGGGGCCCGGGAGAAGGGGUCUGCAGGGUCCCGCUGGGGUCUCCUGGCCGGCUGGGGGAGGGCACUGAGCCACCCGGAGCCCCCGGUGAACAGCCAGCCAGCUCGUCGCUCCCUCUUCCGUCGGGUGCUCUCCGCACCCCCCAAGGAGUCUGGAACCAGUCGCCUGCGGCUCUCCAGGACCCUGUGGGGGAGGCCUAAGAACCCAUCGCCCGGGCCUGAGGCCGAGCCGGAGCCUCCAGGUACGGGGCUCGCUUACCCGGGGCUGGCCCAGCCGGAGCCUCCAGAGGCCGAGCUGGAGCCACAGCCAGAGCCACCAGUGUCACAGAUCCCCGAGGCCCCCAGCCCUGACGUGGCCGUCUGGGACAUCGGAGGGUUCACCUUGCUGGAUGGAAGGCUGAUGCUUCUUGGGGGAGAGGACGAGAGUCCCCGGAGGAGGCCCCGGGCUGGAAGCGGAAGCUCUGAAGGCAGUACGCAAGCUUUCCUGGGGAAACUGAGGGAGCCAGAUCGAACCCUGGGGAAGCCCAGUCUAGAAGCUUCUGGCUCCAACCACGUUCACAAUGUGCGGGGGUUGCUGAAGAGAAUCAAAGAGAAGAAAAAGAGCAAAUUGGAACUGGGAGCCAGUGCUCUCCGGGAUGGACCUCCCAGCACUCUGGGAUCCAGGGAGUCGCUUUCCAUGCUCUCCGAGUUGGACCUGGGAGCCGAGCGGGAUGUGCGGGUGCGGCCGCUGCACCCCAGCCUCCUGGGGGAGCCCUACUGCUUCCAGGUGACGUGGGUGGGCGGGAGCCGCUGCUUCUCCUGCCGAUCCCGCGCGGAGAGAGAUCGAUGGGUAGAGGACCUGCGCCGCCAGUUCCAGCCCAGCCAGGACAACGCCGAGCGGGAGGAGACGUGGCUGAGCGUGUGGGUGCACGAGGCGAAGGGGCUGCCGCGGGCGGCGGCGGGGGCCCCCGGCGCGCGCGCCGAGCUGUGGCUGGACGGCGCGCUGCUGGCGCGCACGGCGCCCCGGCCCGGCCCGGGCCCGCUCUUCUGGGCCGAGCGCUUCCACUUCGAGUCGCUGCCGCCCGCCCGCCGCCUGUCGCUGCGGCUGCGCGGCGCGGGCCCCGCGGGCGCCGCUCUGGGCCGGGUGUCGCUGGCGCUGGAGGAGUUGAGCGCGCCCCGCGCGCCCGCCGCCGGCGUGGAGCGCUGGUUCCCGCUGCUCGGGGCGCCGUCGGGGGCCGCGCUGCGGGCGCGGAUCCGGGCGCGACGCCUGCGCGUGCGGCCGUCCGAGCGCUACAAGGAGCUGGCCGAGUUCCUCACCUUCCACUACGCGCGCCUCUGCGGGGCGCUCGAGCCCGUGCUGCCCGCUCAGGCCAAGGAGGAGCUGGCGGCCGCCAUGGUGCGCGUGCUGCGGGCCACGGGCCAGGCGCAGGCCUUGGUGCAGGACCUGGGCACUGUGGAGCUGGAACGCUGUGGAGGGCGUGAGGCGCUGCUGUUCCGGGAAAACACAUUAGCCACCAAGGCCAUUGAUGAGUACAUGAAGCUGGUGGCCCACGACUACCUCCAGGAGACCCUGGGACGAGUUGUGCGAUGUCUCUGUGCCUCCACGGAGGACUGUGAAGUGGACCCCAGCAAAUGCCCAGCCUCAGAGCUACCAGAGCACCAGGCCAGACUCCAAAAGAGCUGCGAGGAGGUCUUUGGAAUCAUCGUCCACUCCUACAACUGGUUCCCAGCAGAGCUGAGCGCUGUGUUCUCAGGCUGGCGAGAGGCAUGCAAAGCACGAGGUUCUGACACGCUGGGCCCCAGACUGGUGUGUGCCUCCCUCUUCCUGCGACUCCUGUGUCCCGCCAUCCUGGCACCCAGCCUCUUCGGCCUGACUGCGGAACAUCCAGCACCUGGCCCGGCCCGAACCCUCACGCUGGUUGCCAAAGUCAUGCAGAACCUGGCCAGCCGCGCCCCAUUUGGUGAGAAGGAAGCCUACAUGGACUUCAUGAACAGCUUCCUGGAGGACCACGGGCCCGCCAUGCAACACUUCCUCGACCAAGUAGCUGUGGUAGAUGUUGACGUGGCACCCAGUGGGUACCAGGCCAGUGGCGAUCUGGCUCUCCAGCUGGCAGUCCUGCACGCCCAGCUCUGUACCAUCUUCUCGGAACUCGACCAGACCACCUGUGACAACCUGGAGCCACUGCCUACCAUCCUGAGAGCCAUCCAGGAGGGCCGGCCCGUGCCCGUGUCUGUGCCCAUGCAUCUGCCACCGCCUCAUACCCAGGCCCAGUGCAGCUUCUCCGCAGGGGAGAAGCCCGGCUUCCUGGCGCCCCGAGACCUGCCCAAGCACACCCCGCUCAUCUCCAAGAGCCAGUCACUGCGCAGCUUCCAGGGCGCGGGGAGCUGGGCCCGCCCCCCGCCGCGGCCGCGGCCGGUGCAGCGCACGCAGAGCGUCCCGGCCCGCCGCCCCGCCCGCCGCCGCCCCUCGGCGGGGCCCCGGCCGCGGCCCAGGGGCUCCCCGCGCACGGGGCCCGCGGCCCGCGGCCGGCCCUGGACCGGGGCCUCCGCCUCGCUGCCGCGGAAGCCGUCGGUGCCCUGGCAGCGCCAGCUGGACCAGCCGCGGGAUCGAGACCAGGCGCUGGGCCCGCCCCGACCGAUGGGAAAGCUGGCUGAACUACAGGGCGAGGUGGCCGCGCUGCGUGAGGAGCAGAAAGCGCUGUCUCGCCAGGUGGAGUCGCUGAGCUCCGAACUCGGGGCCCUGGCCCAGCAGCAGGAGCAGCUGUGCCGCCAGCUGCAAGACUUGGACUCCCGGCUGCGAGCUGGGACCUCAAAGUUGGAUCUGAAGGACGAUGGUCUUCCAAGCAAUGAAGACCACAGGCCGCCAAGUCUGCACGAUCGCCUGGCCGAGAUGGAGCGGACUCAGGGCCAGCUGCGGGAUGUAAUCCAGAGCCUGCAGCUUGUUUGGAGGACAGCAGCUUCCCAGGGCCAGCCUCUGCCCCUCCAGGCUCCCUGCGUGAAUGGGGACUCCACCUGAGCUGUCUGUCCACCCCACGGGGCCUGGGAGCCACCACCUUUGGGAGGGGGAGGCGAUGAUCCAUAAAGAUCUUGGGCUGCUCAAGUCAUGUAAGAUGGCCUGAACGUGAGGAAGGAGAGGUGCGGGCCACGGGGCUGCCCGGUAAACAUAAAACUGAGCUCCCGGAGAAGGGGCAUGCCGGAGAUGUUCACAUCAACUGUGCGGCCUUGGGGCCAUCUCCUGAGGGCCUCCAUUUGGGCAUCUGUGAGAAUGUAUGUCUAUGUAUAUAUUCACACAGGCACGGGAGAACCCUUGGACUCAGGUAUUCAAUAAAAGCCAUCGCUCACCAA